AUGAGGCUGUGGCAGUGGGUGCUGGUGUGGGUGUGGCUGGCAAGGCCGGAACCCAAAGAAGCAGUGCCCCGCCCAGAGCGUGCCAAGGCCUCGGCCCCGCGAGCAGCGGGUCCGCUCUUCGUAGAUCGGCCUGACUUCUUCGACUACCCGGACUCGGACAGAGACAGCCUUCUGGCCGUGGCCCAGCUGAUCGGAGAGAGACCUGUGGUCUUUGUCCACUCAGGUUCCGACUCCAGGCUCUUCCACCACAUCCUGGUGGGCGCCCUGGUGGUGGCCUUCUUCUUCCUCCUCUUCCAGUUCUGCACCCACAUGUAA